CCAUCACAUAACACACAUCACAGCUUCAACAUGGAAACAGCGAUCACUUAUAGAGGAGCACUGUCUCUGCUGCUGAUUCUCCAUUCAGCCAGAGCAUUCGACCUGAAUUUCUGUGCCGGCAAGCCCAACGCGACAAUGGUGGAUCCAGAGAGCAGUGACAGCUACUACCGUUGUGACAAUGGGGUCACCUACCACUACCAGUGCAGCACUGGGCUAGUGUUCAACCCCCUCCUCUCCAACUGCGACUUCCCAUCCAAUGCCCCCAUUCCCAAUUUCUGCGUCAACUUGGUGGACGGCCUUUACCCGGAGCCCAGCAACCCCUCCACCUUCUACCAGUGCUUCAGGGGGGUUGCGUACUACCGGAGUUGCAGCUCCCCUCUUCUAUUCAACAGCACAACCUGGCUUUGUGACUUCCCAAUCGAGAUUCCAUUCCUGCCUAUCUACCCUCCAAAACUGACAGAAGAAUCAAACUUCUGUGAAGAGAAGUCCAACGGUUUCUAUAGCGACUCACAGAAUGUUGGUGCUUUCUACCACUGCCAAGAACACAACACUACUCACUUCCUCUGUCCCUCAAUCCUCUUCUACAACCCAAUGAUCACCAACUGCGAUUUUCCUUUCGCUGUCCCUGAACCGGAUUGCUGUGCCCAGUUGGACAAUGGUCUUUAUCCAGAAAGCAGCAAUCCAGAUGCCUUCUACCAGUGUAUCGACCACACUACUUACUAUUACACAUGCCCCUUUCCUCUUCUUUUUAAUAGAGAGUCGUUAAUGUGUGAUUUUAACAGAGUCGUUCCUCCCGCUACCCCCAGCUCUACACCUGCAUUACUUGAAACCUUCAAUGCACCCGCAUUACCCAAAACCACCACUACCCCCAAAUUAUACAACUCAAACUUCUGCGUCAACAAACCCAGCUUGCUUUACGCGGAUCCUGAAGAUCGGACAGGUUUCUACAGAUGUGAAAACGAAGUCACCUUCUACUUCACCUGCCAUGAGGGCAUGGUCUUCGAUCAAAAGGUCCUGAACUGUGUGGUUCCUCCCACUCCCUCCAGCCCUACACCCACAUUAUCUGAAACCACCAAUACCCCCAAAUUAUACAACUCAAACUUCUGCGUCAACAAACCCAGCUUGCUCUAUGCGGAUCCUGAAGAUCGGACAGGUUUCUACAGAUGUGAAAACGAAGUCACCUUCUACUUCACCUGCCAUGAGGGCAUGGUCUUCGAUCAAAAGGUCCUGAACUGUGUGGUUCCUCCCGCUCCCUCCAGCCCUACACCCACAUUAUCUGAAACCACCAAUACCCCCAAAUUAUUCAACUCAAACUUCUGCGUCAACAAACCCAGCUUGCUCUACGCGGAUCCUGAAGAUCAGACGGGUUUCUACAGAUGUGAAAACGAAGUCACCUUCUACUUCACCUGCCAUGAGGGAAUGGUCUUCGAUCAAAAGGUCCUGAACUGUGUUGUUCCUCAUCCUGCCCCCAGCCCUACACCCACAUUAUCCAAAACCACCAAUACCCCCAAAUUAUACAACUCAAACUUCUGCGUCAACAAACCCAGCUUGCUCUACGCGGAUCCUGAAGAUCUGACAGGUUUCUACAGAUGUGAAAACAAACUCACCUUCUACUUCACAUGCCAUGAGGGCAUGGUCUUCGAUCAAAAGGUCCUGAACUGUGUGGUUCCUCCCGCUGCCCCCAGCCCAGGCUUUUGCAUCUUGAAACCCAACGGUAUCUACAGAGACCCCGGCAACAUAGCAGGUUUCUACGUGUGCGUCAAGAGCCGUCCUUUCUACAAGACCUGCCCCACACCUCUGGUGUUCAACCCUGAGAUCUUAAUCUGUGACAACCUCUCUGACACUGCGGACACACGUAAUUAAGGUCAAUGGUACCUGAUGCACCUGCAUUACCUGAAACCACCACUGCACCUGCGUUACACAAAACCACCACUGCACCUGUAUCACCUCUGGCUAGACCCACUGUGGAAUCAACCGGCUCUACAGAAAAACAGUGUAAACUUCUAGGCUCAUGUAUAGCCAGUAAAUAGUUCUGUCAUGAUUGAUGAUUUAAUCAGUUUCUUAAAACAGGCAUGAUAUUUUAAACCCGAAUGUCUUAUUUACUUAUCUAAAAAAUACUGAGCACAUUUUGGGUACCGUUAAUGCUUCGUAUUUUUCUUUUCUUUUCAUCUUUUCUUUUUGUAGAGGGGGAUUUAGUUUUAUUAUCACAAAACUAUAUUCAAUUAAUAGCAUAUUGGAUUGAAUGAUAUGUCUACAUUUAAUAUGAAUAGUAUAUAUCUUAAGGGUUCUCUGUUGUGGGCUUCUUACACAAAGAACGAUAUCUGGGGUUAGAGGAUUGCACCAUUUUGAAAUGUAUUUGCACUGUUGGGUUUUAUAUGCAAAGCUGUAUAUGUACUUUUUGUUAAAAUACAGUUUUCAUAUUAA